AUGUGGGGUACGACACGGCCGCGUGUGCCGUCGAUCGGACGUGCUUUCGUACGCACGUACGCGCGAGAUCCCCAUGAGGCGGUCGAAGCGGCCGCGACGGUGCGUGGCCAGCGCGCGGAGCGCGCUCGUCUGCAGAGCCUGCAGCAGGCUUCUCGCCGCGUGUCGAUCUGGACGCGCGCCUGGCGUACGUGGCGCGAGACGCCGCUUAAGUGGACACCGUUGCCGAUCCUGCUUGGUGGUGCCGUGCUCGUGGCUGUUCAGGCGCAUCGCGAGCACCUUCAGCGGCGUGAGGCCCCCGUCGUGGACGAGCAUGGCCAGCCGCUGCGGCGUAUGGGCCCGUGGACCAUGUACGUUCUUGGCGUGAUGCCGUUCAACGCCAUCAGCCGCACGUGGGGCUGGCUGAACGGGCUUACACUGCCUGUGUGGUUUCGUCCGUAUGGCUUCCAGCUGUAUGCGCGCCUGUUCGGGUGCCAUCUGGACGAGAUGAAAGAGAAAGAUUUGCGCCAGUACAAGAACCUCUCCGAGUUUUUCGUGCGUGAGCUUGAGCCGGGUGCGCGCCCCAUUUCUCCUUCUCUGCUCGUGGCGCCCGCAGAUGGCAGGGUGCUGCAUCUCGGCGCCGUGGAAGGCGACCAGGUCGAGCAGGUCAAGGGCCUCACCUACUCACUUGGCUCACUGCUGGGCUUCAAUACUGCCGCACAUGCCCGCGAUGACGCUCUGUUGGACAGCUCCCGUGCGCUGAAUGUAGCGGACGAGCGCCAUUUUGCACAGGUGAACGGGAUCGAGUACAGUCUAGAGGAGCUGUUGGGCCAGCCGCGCGACACGCUGCGCUUCCACGAGUAUCUGCUUGGGUGGGCCAAGGGUGCGUGGCGCUGGGCCAGCCACGCUGUGCGUGGCCAGCGCGCUGCGUACGAGCAUGUUCCGACGCACGAAGUGCAGCCGGCAGAGCUCGCGCGCGAACAGGCGAAUGCCGAUGCUACGGAACAGGGCGAUGCGGGUAUUCCCACAGCCGACUCGGCGGAGACGUUGGGUCACUACGCGCAGGUCGCGAUGGGCAUGGGCUCUGCGUCGCUCCCCAGUGGGAAGACACUGCGCCCGCUUGCCCCGGGCCACCGCCUCUUUUUCUGUGUCAUCUACCUGUCGCCAGGCGACUACCAUCGCUUUCACAGCCCAGCGCCUUGGGUCGUUGAACUGCGUCGCCACUUCCCCGGUGAGCUCUACUCUGUGGCCCCGUCUGUUGCUGCGAGCCUACCGAACCUAUUUGUGGUGAACGAACGUGUAGCGCUGCUCGGCCGGUGGCGCCAUGGGUUCUUCAGCAUGACUCCGAUUGGCGCGACGAACGUCGGGUCGAUCCAGAUCCACUUCGACCGCAACUUGCGCACGAACCAGCAUACGAAGCGUCAACUUACAGGGACAUUCACAGAGGCCACGUACCACGCAGCUAGCCGCCUCCUGGGCGGCCAGCCGCUCGCGCCCGGCGACGAGAUGGGCUGCUUCCGUCUCGGCAGCACCGUGGUGCUCGUAUUCGAGGCGCCCGAGUCGUUCCGCUUCCACUGCCGCGCCGGCGAGCACGUGCGCGUCGGUGAGGCCCUGGGCGAUGUGCCUUAG